ACGCCGAUUGCUGUUGUCCACAGGUAACCCACCAGACAUUGUAGCCGUGGCUGAGAUCAUGAAGUACAACGAUCGUCAAUUCAACGAUUUCGAGAUUGCCGUUCGUGACACGUUGCAUGACAAUAUGCAUUGUAGGAUAGGGGGGAGGGGAGGUACAAUGUGUUCACUCUCAUCUGCUAAUGCUCCCGAGUUUCUACUUCAUCACGGCUUUACUGAUAAACUGUGGAGUGACUGGCAGAAGAAAGGUUGGAACUACAAGAAUGCGUAUUUCAAGCGGGUUUUUAGUAGAAUGACCGAUACUGGGCUUAGACCGGACGCCGUGUUGGAYCUAAAUCACCAGCCCGGUGGUGUGAGGGUGAUAUAUCAAGACCCUACGCACAGUAAAUAUCAAGAAGUCCAUCGGUAUUUACAACAACUGACAUUACAGGAACUUAAAGACAUACCCAGACACAGGUUCACCAUCACACAAUCAUUGGAGUUYAAACUGUUCAUGGUAAACUCAAAUGAGAAGAAAAAAGCUCUAGCUCAACAGAAAGCUUUCGAGCCAAGGAACGUGCUGAGCUCAAAGACUCGUCUUCGUUCCACUGAUAAAGAACUCGGACUUCGYGUGAAUGACUUACGAAAAGCUGUGAAAAGGAAAAGGGAAAUAGAAGAGAAAAGAAAACGGGAGACUGAAGAGAAAAGGAAGCGGGAGAUUGAAGAGAAAAGAAAGAAAUCAAUUGCACACUGAAAGGAAACCACGGAAUCCCCAUAAAAACGACUAAGAUUGUUAAAAAAUACCCAAAAUAUUAUUUCUUGGUGCGUAAUUAGAAAUGGYKASUUCUCGGURAAUUACGAUCACAAAACACUUUGUAACAGCAUAAAUGUUARUAWCUUUCAUAGACUUUUUGUAUUUUUGUAGCUUGAUAAUUUUUAGAUACUAAAAUAAAAWAAUCUAACCAAAAUGUAGAUUGUACGAGGCUCUUGAGUAAAAUAGCCGCUGUGCAGCGACGCCAAUUCGUGUAGAACAGAGCAUGAUGGGAAAUGUGGUUCUCGUAUGCAAAAAUAAACAUAUUCUGAUUCAAGAAUUA